AGCGCGCCAAUAUUCCGAUCGCGUGUGCGUUUCCAGGCGGUCCUCUUUUUCCCCUCGCACCUCGGCUCGCAACUCUGCUCGCAACUCGUCUUGAAAAAGGUCUCCACAGCACGGACCAUCAUCCCCCGCUCGCAAAAUAUCAGAAGCCACAAGCGGCACCCCCAGCACUCGUCGAAAACAAACGACAGACUCGUAAGCCCUGCGAUCAAACCGCAUUUCGGCCCAAACCUAUUCCAGCAAUGAACACAUCUUUCCGCGUGAUCAAGCGCUCUCUGCAAAGAGAAGCAGCACUCUUCCACGCCCGUCCAUCCACCUUCUCCCAAACCUUCUCCCACCCCACCAUAUUUCGCCGCACCACCGCCCGGUCGUCACCAUUCUUGGCUAGCCGGACAUAUUCCACCGCACCGACGGAAGAAGCACCCAAGGACGCUGCUGCAGGUGCGGAACAAACCGCGGAGAAGACGACAAAGGAGGAAGGCCCUGCGGCUAACGAGCCGAAGACAAUAACGGAGUCGGAGCUGAAGGCUGCGCUCGCGGAGAAGGAGAAGCAAAUUGCUGGACUACAGGAUGUCUACCGCCGCGCAUUAGCUGACGCCGAAAACGUCCGCCAACGCACCCGCAAAGAAGUCGCCGACACCAAAGAAUACGCAAUCACCAAAUUCGCAAAAGACCUCCUCUCCGUUGCCGACGUCCUCGACCUGGCCCUGAAAGCCGUGCCCCAGGCGCAACUGGAAGAGAACGCAGCCUUGAAGAACCUCUACACGGGAGUUGACAUGACCCGCUCAAAUCUGCAGGCGACGUUCAAGCGGUUUAGCAUUGAGGUGUUCAACCCGCAGGGGGAGGUGUUUGACCCUAACUUCCAUGAGGCGCUUUUCCAGGCUCCUAUCCCGGAUAAGGAGCCGAACACGGUGUUUGAGGUGGCCAAGAUCGGAUACAAGCUUGGAAACAGGUGCUUGCGGCCGGCGCAGGUUGGCGUUGUGCAGGCGAGGGAAUAAAGCAGCGACCCGAGCCGAUGUUACCCACCCCACCAUCAAUAUCAUCGUCCGUCACGGACCUGCAUCCCUCGUUAUCACCGCCGCGGCAACCACGCAUCUUACUGAAAGCGAUUCGAAUACGAGCCCCCGAUUUAAUAUUAUUAUAGCGCGAAACCAGGGCCUUUUCGCCCCCGCGAGCGAGCUCAUUAUUCCGCAUUCUGCCACACCCCUGUAGUAUAGACCAGCAUUAGACGCCACAUGCAUCCUCGGCAUCCUACGUCUGGCUUAUGUGUACAUAUGCAUUACCGCGGAGGUUGAAUCACAGCUGAUAUAAACUUAGACCUCGAAAAGACGU